AUGGAGGCUGCGGGGCUUCCCCAAGCGAAGAGGUGCUACUGGGAGGCCCUGGAGAAGCUCUCCCCUCGCCUCUGUUUUCUCUGCUCCCUGGUGACCUAUGCACUGGUGGGCGCUGCGGUCUUCUCGGCCAUCGAGGGCAGCCAGGACCUGCGGGCAGAAGACCCGGAGUUUGAGGAGUUCUUGGAGAAGCUCUGUGGCAUCCUGAAAUGUAACAGCACAGUUGAGGAAGGCCGGAAGCGGGACCUCGAGAAGCUGCUGCAGAAGGUGAAGCCCCAGUGGUUUUCCACGUCUGCAGACUGGUCCUUCCUCAGCUCACUCUUUUUCUGCUGCACGGUCAUCAGCACAGUGGGUUACAGCCAUGUCUACCCCGUCACCAGGCUCGGCAAGUACCUGUGCAUGCUCUACGCUCUCUUUGGCAUCCCGCUGAUGUUCCUGGUCCUCACGGACAUAGGCGACAUCCUGGCCACCAUCUUAUCCACGUCCUAUAAUCAAUUCCGAAGACUCUCCUUCCUCCCAGCUCCCCUUCCCAAGUGGUGCUCCGGACGCUCCUGCAAAAGCCGACCGGACUCCCGUCCCGCAGAUGAAGUCCUCCCGCACGUGGUCAUCCAUGACCCAGAGCUCCUGGCCCCCAAACCUGCCCCCGUGGCCCCAAGCAGCAACAUGGAGCUGUUCCAGAGACUUCUGGCACGGGAGAAAGACAGCACCCUCCAGGUGCCCCCUCUGGCCAUGGAGAGGAGCACAUCGUGUCCCGAGCUGGGGUCCGGAAGGCUCUCGAGCUCCAUCAUCAGCAACCUGGAUGAGGUGGGGCGGCAGGUGGAGAGGCUGGACGUCCCCCUCCCCGUCAUCGCCCUCGUGGUCUUCGCCUACAUUUCCUGCGCGGCCGCCGUCCUUCCCAUCUGGGAGAAGCAGCUGAACUUCGAAAACGCCUUCUACUUCUGCUUCAUCACGCUGACCACCAUUGGGUUCGGGGACAUCAUGCUGGAACACCCUCACUUCUUCUUGUUCUUCUCCAUUUACAUCAUCAUUGGUAUGGAGAUUGUGUGCAUUGCUUUCAAGCUGGUGCAGAACAGGCUGGUUCACCUCUAUAAAACUCUCUUACUCUUCUUUGCAAACAGGAGGCUUUCCAGCCCUGUCAAAAAGUGAAGACUCCAUUGACUUGGGUUUUCCCAUCUUGUUGACUCUCAGGUGACUCCGCCGGCCAAGCUGGUUGUCUCGUCCUGUGUUUGGGGGCACUCUAGUUAGACCUGGUGUCGCCUGAGACCUUGGAGUCACAUUCCGACAUGACAUCUGAUUACAGUCUUGAGGCCCUGCAGAAAAGUGGUCAAUGCCCUUCCUAUCAGGACAUUAGGAAAAAAAACUGUCACCAUCCUCUAAAGUCCAAUUAAUUGCCAUCUCCAUUUUUCAAAAGCUCCCCAGAUGUGGGUCGAACCACCUCACAGAUGUCACUGGUUUUCUUGUAACAGGAGGAA